AGGCAAGCGCUAGCUGUAGCAAGGGAAGCAAACGUCCGAGGAAGCUUUGCCUUCCCGGCGAGGCGAGGCGAGUGCCUAGUAGCCCGGAUGCAACCGGGCUUUCCGCGGGCCCAACACUAGCUACAGUACACCAGUAGUGUCCUCACGGCCCACCCCGAUCUGUCAUCGUCUUCUCUCUCCCACUCCGACUCGGCUAGGGCCGGCGCACCCUUUUCCCCUCCUCCACCGGCGUCUCCUCCGUCGAUCGCUUUCGCCGCCUUCGCCCGAACGCCACAAACCGCGAGCUUUCUUCCUCGCCUGCACCGACCGACUCGGCUGUACCCUCCAGGGGGUUUCUGGAGGAGGGGCGGGCUUCGCCAUGACGAAGGACCUGGAUAAUCUGCUCCUGCAGGCCGCCGGCCGGACGGGGAAGAGCCAGUCCCGGCCGAGCAACCCGCGGUGGAACUCCGGGGGGAGCGGCUCCGACGGCUUCGACGACGACUCCGACUCGGACGCCGCGCCGAGCUACUCGAGGAAGAAGCCGCCGCCGCAGGUGCCGCUCAAGAAGCGGCACCAGCCGGAGAAGGGCGGCCGGCGGGCCGGCGGGUGGCGGGGCGACGGUGACGAGGAUGACGAGGACGACGACGACGACGACGGGAGGCGCAGCGGCGGCGAGGACUCGGACAGCGCGCCGUCCGUGGGGAGCGACCUGUACAAGGACGAGGAGGACAAGGAGAAGCUGGAGAAGAUGUCGGAGCUUGACAGGGAGUUGAUACUGGCCGAGCGGAGUUCCCGCAUCGACGACUACAAGCUCAAGCAGAUGGCGCGUUCCAAGACGGGCAAGGCCGGUGCCCGGAAGGACAGCAGCCCGCCCCCACCGCCCAGCCGGAUGCGGUCGUCGACCCGGGCCGACAAGUCAGGAUCCGCCACCAAGAGCGCCCUCAACGAGCUGAGGGCCAAGCGGAUGAGGCAGCAGGAUCCGGAGGCGUACCGCAACAGGUUCAAGGACCUGCUCCCUCAGAGCGGCUCUCCGACUAGGCAUAGGGCUGGGAGCCCCCCAAGUGAUGGGAGCAACGAUGGGGAUAACAGGGGGAGGCUGAAGGACCAUGGGAGGAUUGCUGAUGAUGGCAGGGAUGAUGAGUUUGAUGAGUCGCCCAGUAGGAUUGACCCGCUCAAGUUUGAUGAUGUGAAGAGUAUUACCCUCAGGAGGUCAAAGCUGGUGAAAUGGUUCAUGGAGCCAUUCUUUGAGGAGACCGUAUCUGGGUGCUUUGUGCGGCUUGGCAUUGGCAAGACAAAGUCUGGGACCCCAAGAUACAGGCUUUGCAUAGUGAGGAAUGUGGAUGCAAGUGAUCCGGAUCGGAAGUACAAACUGGAAAGCUACACAACAUGCAAGUAUCUCAAUGUUGUGUGGGAUAGUGAGGCUAAUGCUGCUCGGUGGCAGAUGACUCAGGUAUCGGACUCCCCACCCAACGAAGAAGAGUUCAAGGAAUGGCUGCAAGAGGCUGAGAAGAAUGGUGUCCGUAUACCAACUCGUCAGGAAGUGCUGGAGAAAAAAGAUGCCAUCCAGAAAGCCUACAACUAUGUGUAUUCAGCUGAUGCUGUGAAGAAUAUGCUGCGAGAGAAAUCAGCUGUGAGGCGUACUAUCAAUGUUGCUGCUGAGAAGGAUCGGUUGAGGAAUGAGUUGGAGAUAGCUCUGAGCCGGAGGAACGAAGCUGAAGCAGAGAGGAUCCGCGUGAAGCUGAAUAAUCUGCAGAACAUGCCGCAGCCAAUGAAAAAAAAUGACAAGGCUGCCAGGUUGGAGGCUAUGAACAGGAAGAACCGUGCUGAGAACUUCAAGAACGCUUCGGAAAUGAAACCUAUUAAUACAAGUUUGAAGGCUGGAGAGGCUGGGUAUGACCCUUUUUCGAGGAGGUGGACAAGAUCGAGAAACUAUUAUACAGCUAAGCCAGGAGGAGAUAAUGUUGAAGAAGCAGCCAACGGGUCCAGUGGUAAUGCAGUGGCUGGCAAUGAAGAUGGCAAGAACAAAGCUCACACUGGUACAGCAGCCACAGCGGCAGCUCAAGUGGCAGCGGCUGAUGCUGGGAAGCUGAUCGAUACCAAUGCACCAGUGGAUCUGGGAACAGAAUCAAAUGUGCUGCACACAUUUGAGCUCCCUAUAUCAUUGUCUGCUCUGCAAGAAUUUGGCGGAGCCAAGGGCCUGUUUGAUGGUUACAUGGCUAGAAAGCAGAAGAUAGAAGCUACAAUGGGGUACAAAGUGCCUGACAAUGAUGGAAGGAGGCAUGCUUUGACCCUGAGUGUGAGUGACUACAAAAGGCGACGGGGUCUCCUGUGAAGGGUAUCUGUGCUUCUGCAGGCUGCUCAGCGGAUUCAACUGUCUGCCUGGCUUCAGUGCCUCUAUAAUUGUCCAGAUCAUCCGCUUUCCCUUAUUUUCUUAGAAACAAUACACGAAACAUGCAGUCUAUACAGUUUCUUCAUAAAUAUUACCUACUGUAUGACUGAUUAAGUUACUGACAUCAUGUUUAUACAUGUGGAGUGUGUUGUCAUCUUAUCGUUGUUAUUUGACAAUAUGCAAGUUGCAACAGCUUGAAUCCAUAGUUAGUCGAAUUAAAUA